AUGGCAAAGGAAGCUCUCGGCGGGAUGCAAGGGAUGAACUGCUUCUCUUCACCUUCUCUGGAAUGGAAAACUCAGUCAGAAAUUCUAUUGCAUCUCAUGCAAUUUAUCCAAAAUCUGAACUUUUAUGUAGCGAGAACGUUGAAUUCAAUCUUCAACAAAUGGGAAAUAUCGGCGUCAGCAAGCGUAUGGAAUAUAAGCGGUGAACUAUGCAGCGGACGAGCUAUUGACAACACUACCGCGGUCGAAGACUUCAAUCCAUUUAUCAAAUGCGACUGUUCCAAUGGCACUUGCCACAUUACUGCACUGAGGGUUUAUGCAUUGGAUGUUGUUGGGGAAAUCCCAGAAGAGCUAUGGACUCUGACUCACCUCACCAAUUUGAACCUCAGUCAGAAUUAUUUGACGGGUUCUCUACCUCCAGCCAUUGGAAAUCUCACUCGUAUGCAGUACAUGACCUUAGGCAUCAACUCCUUAUCAGGGGAGCUUCCCAAGGAAUUGGGAAAUCUUACUGAGUUAAUUGUAUUGGGUCUUGGAUCAAACAACUUCUCUGGGUCUAUCCCCUCUGAACUAGGGAAACUCGUGAAAUUGGAACAACUUUAUUUAGAUAGUUCGGGACUUAGUGGCCAGAUUCCUCCUACUUUUGCUAGUCUUAAAAACCCGGCGACAGUAUGGGCUUCAGACAUGGAACUCACGGGCAGGAUACCAGACUUCAUAGGAAGUUGGUCUAAGCUUAUAGUCUUGAGGUUCCAGGGGAAUUCUUUUGAAGGUCCAAUACCAUCAUCAUUUAGCAAUCUGACUUCUCUUACAGAGUUGAGAAUAAGUGAAAUAUCUAAUGGGAGCUCAUCACUGGCAUUUAUAAGGAAUAUGAAAUCUUUGACUGUCUUAGUUCUGAGAAAUAACAAUAUUUCUGAUCCAAUUCCAUCAAAUAUCGGUGAAUUUCUAAAUUUGACCCAGCUGGAUCUGAGCUUCAAUAACAUCAUAGGACAGGUUCCGGGAUCACUUUUCAAUCUGAGUUUGCUAACACACUUGUUUCUGGGAAAUAACAAACUCACUGGUGCAAUCCCUACUCAGAUAAGCCCAACUCUUCUCAAUAUAAAUUUAACAGAAAGAAUUGCUGAGUUCUGUGCUAUAUGA